GAAUGGCUAAUCGUACAUCUCGUGAUGCUCAUACAGUCAAAGGAACAAAUCCUCAAUAUUUAAUUGAAAAGAUUAUAAGAACUCGUAUUUAUGAUUCUAUUUAUUGGAAGGAACAAUGUUUUGGACUUUCAGCCGAAACAAUAAUCGAUAAAGGCAUGGAACUUCGCUUUAUUGGAGGCAUUUAUGGAGGCAAUAUUAAACCAUCACCUUUUCUUUGUUUAACACUCAAAUUGUUACAAUUACAACCUGAAAAGGAUAUUGUUAUUGAAUUUAUUAGACAGGAUGAUUUUAAAUAUAUUCGAGCUUUGGGAGCAAUGUAUAUUCGUUUAACUUUUAAUUCUGUGGAAGUCUAUAAAUAUUUGGAGCCGCUUUACAAUGAUUAUAGAAAAUUGAGAUAUAUGAAUAGAAUGGGAAAAUUUGAACUUCUCUAUAUGGACGAUUUUAUUGAUAAUUUAAUGAGAGAGGAUCAUUAUUGCGAUAUUCAACUACCUCGUUUGCAGAAAAGACAAGCAUUAGAAGAAACAGACCAAUUAGAAGUUUAUCAGUCUGCUUUGGAUGAAGAUUUGGAAAGACUUUCAUCUUCUGAGGAUUCUGAAGAUGAGCGUGACCGUCGUAGGAGAUCGAGGCCUAGCAUUGUCUCGCGUCGUCGAAGCCGUACUCGUAGUCGAUCUAGAGAACACAACAGCAGUAGAAGUUAUGCAAAUCAAGAAAGGGAAAUUGAAGAAAGUAAUGCUAUGAGGAAGAAGUUGGGAUUGGCUCCGUUAGAGCGUUAAAAUGAUUUUUUUCAAUUGACAAAAUUUUUUUUUAUAAAUUUCCGAGAAAGUUAAGAAAUAAUUAGUAAAAAAUGAAAUUUUGAAGGUUUAUAGUGUUCGAAAUUUCGUACUAUGCCAUGCUGGAUAUUUCCCAAUGCAAACUAAUUUUUGUUAACAAUAUGUGCAUAGAUAAAUUUUUGGUGGACUAAAAACGAAUCAAUUUGAGAAACCUCUUUUCAUUGUAGGUUUUUCCCACCCACCAAAAGGAUAGCCAUAUUCAUUAUAAUCUUCAAAAUUGUUUUUACCAUCUAAAUUAACAUACAAAAGCGGAGUAAAUAUAAUUAUAUUUUCUUGUAUUUCCUGUAAUUUCGUGCAAUUAUACUUAUUUGUUAUAAAUCCAAAUGUUCAGGACAAUAUGUCAUGCUGAAAAAAAUAAAAAUUUUGGCGAGAUAAUUAUACUUAAGAACACUGAAUAUAGGACUCAGAAAUUAAGCUUGUUACCUAUUAGGGCAAUGCG